UUCUUCUUCUUCUUCUUCUUCGUCGUCGUCGUCUCUCUCUUUACUGUCUGCUUCUACUACCAUGUCUUGCCACCGCUAACUAGGCUGCCACUAGUCAAAAAGACCCUCUUACUCCUCUUAGCCAUCUUAUCCUCUUUUAUCCCCUUAAGGUCCUCCUCUUAGCCCUUCUUGUCCUUCUUGUCCUUCCUUCUUUUAGUCUUGGAGUCACUUAAGAGGGGUCAUGUGAUGAAGUUAAUACCUAGUAGUGAUAGCGAAGAUAGAAGCAAAGCUUCAAGUAGCAACAGAGUAACAAUUGCAGCCAUACAUCCUGACUUCUCCAUCUCGACUCAACUUAUCCUCUGCUUCAACUUAUCCUCUGCUUCAUCCUCUGCGUCAUCCCCCAUCUCGACUUCACUGCUAUAUCAUCAUCCCUUGUCCCUGUCUGUCCAACUACUUGGCGAAGCCUCCACAUGCCCAGCCUCGUCUUUGUCAACUUCAUCAUCAACAUAAUAACAUCAACACAAUAACAUCAACAGCAGCAUCAGUCCACAUCAAUUGGCAUCGGCGGCAACCUCAAUCCAUCGUAAGACACCAAGCAGUAGCCCAAUAGCCAUGUUCAGACUCCCCUUCUCCCGGGCCUCGGCCUCUGUCUCCCUCUCUGUCUCCCGCGCAUUUCACUCCUCCCGCCCGCUCGCCGUCAGCCAGGGCGACAGCAUCCCCGACCUCGACGUCCUGACUGAGAACUCGCCCGGAAACAAGGUCAACCUCGCCUCCGAGCUGGCCUCGGGCAAGGGCGUCAUCGUCGGCACUCCCGGCGCCUUCACACCCGGAUGCUCUCUCUCGCAUGUACCAGGCUUCCUCAACCAUCCCAAGCUCAAAGACGCAGGCAAGGUCUUCGUCGUCUCGGUUAACGAUGCUUUCGUGUCAGUCCUUGCCCCCGUUAACUGUCUGUUCAAUGCGUUGGUUGCUGACUUCCCUAGAACCAAGGCGUGGGGCGAAUCGCUUGACCCGCACAAGAAGAGCGGUGUUCGCUUCCUCGCCGACGCAUCAGGCGAGUUCAACAGGCAGAUGGACCUGCUUUUCAGCUCGGCCAAGGUCUUCGGCAACGACAGGAGCAAGAGAUACGCCCUGGUCGUCGAGGACGGGAGAGUAGUCAAGGCCUUUGUCGAGCCUGACAACACCAGCGUCGAUGGUAUGUCACCUCCCCCUUUCCCUACUGCAUUCCACCCACAUUCAUACUAUACUGACUGGCCUGCCUGCUUUAUAGUCUCCCGGGCCGAAAAGGUGCUGGGAUAGAUGGAUAAAACAGUAUAUAGAACCUUCUCAUUCUCAUGUAAGAUAGUUAUCUUUAUUUAUCGUGACAUGUUCCAGCAUGCAACGUGCUUCUUCUCUCUCUCUCUCUCUCUCU